AUGUCGGAGGAAGUCACCUCCCAUGACGGGAUCGACUUUUCCAAGUACUGCGUUCUUCAAAGCAACAAUCACCCGCCGGUUGAAUUCAGGGUGACUCGUGAGUCCGCCAAGAUGUCCGGCCUCCUUAAGGAUAUGCUGGACGAUCAAGAGGGGGGCGACGCCAUUAUCCCAAUUCCCAACGUAUCCGGUCGCACCCUGAGAUUAGUGCUGGACUACAUGGACUACCACUGCAACAAUCGUGCGGGGCCUAUUGAGAAGCCUCUUAAAACGAAGAUUGACGAUAUUAUAUGUGAGUGGGACUAUAAUUAUUUAUAUAAAAAAUUGCUCAAAGACGGGGAUGAGCACCAGCACGAGGCCCUCAUUGAUGUCAUCAUGGCUGCGAACUUUCUGAACGUGAAAGAUCUGCUGGACCUGACCUGUGCCUUUGUGGCGAAUAUGAUCCGGGGGAAAUCAGCUGAGCAGAUUCGAGAGCUGUUUAACAUUGAAAACGAUUUCACGCCCGAGGAAGAAGCGAAGAUUCGUGAAGAGAAUCGCUGGUGCGAAGAGUCGUAA